AACACAUCACACAAGAGCCUCAGUGGCUCCAUUUUCUAGCUAGCGUUGAACUUUCGUCGUUCUAUAUUUCACACUUGUAGGACAGAUUUGUUUAUUUCCAUUUUUUUUGUUGUUGGACUGAAAAAAACAAAUUUUUCAAGAUGGGAGGCGGCGAUCUGAACUUGAAAAAGAGCUGGCAUCCCCAGACUAUGAAAAAUAUUGAGCGUGUUUGGAAAGCUGAACAGAAACAUGAGGCUGAACGCAAGAAGAUUGAGGAGCUUCAGAAAGAACUGAAGGAGGAACGAGCCCGAGAAGAGAUAACAAGAUUUGCAGAGGAAGCUGGCUCCAUCAAAAAGAAAGAUGACCGCCUGGACUGGAUGUACCAGGGCCCUGCUGGCCAGGUGUCCAGAGAUGAGUACCUGCUGGGACGUCCCAUUGACAAGCAGAUCACCGACCAAUACGAGGAGCCCGAGAGCGGUCCAUCAGCUGAGACUGGCCUCCUGCCUGGGUCCAUUUUCAACCCCACAGCUCCUGCCUCAAGCCUCGACCUGGCUGCCAAGAUCAGGGAAGAUCCCCUGUUUGAAAUCAGGAAACGUGAAGAAGAAAAGAAGAGAGAGGUCUUGACUAAUCCAGUGAAGAUGAAGAAAAUUAAAGAAAUGCUGCGCCAAAAUCUCGACAAGAAAGACAAGAAGAAGAAGAGGAAGAAGGACAAAAAGGAGAAGAAAGACAAAGAGAGAAGAAAGGAGGAGAGGAAGCACAAGAGGAGGAGUUCGAGCUCAGAUGAGGAAGACGAGAAGAAACACAGGUCACAUUCACGAGAUGAAUCUUCAGACACCAAAUCUCGUUCCCAUCAUAUUCCGGGCUAUGGUCUACAGUUCCCCGCUGGCAGACAUCACCAGUCCUCAGCUUCCUCCAAUCACUCAGGGCGCCGUGAGAGGAGCCGCUCCCGAUCGCCUCACAGGAACAACAGGGAGAGUCACGUCCACUCCUCUUCCUCACACAGAGGAGACAGGAAGGUUGAGGCCAGAGCUUCCAGUCCACAGAAGGAGCGUUACCAGAGACAGAGGCACCAUGUGUCCAAGAAGCUCUCUGCAGAAGAGCUGGAGCGUAAGAGGCAGGAGAUGAUGAGCCAGGCCAAGCAGAGGGAGGAGGACAGGGAGAAUAAUGUGAAGAGAUACAAGAGGCAAGACGAGCAGGAGAAGCAGCGGGAACAAAAUGUCAAGCAUGACCGUCAUGCUGGCUUCAUUCAUAACAUGAAGCUGGAGAGUGCUGCCACCUCAUCAUUAGAGGACAGAGUGAAGAGGAACAUCCACUCCAUUCAGAGGACAACAGCCACAAUGGACAACUUCAUGAAGAGAUGAAGACACAACACAUUUGUCAUACAAAUAAACUGAACUGACUAAAAAGGCUUAGCGAGAUAAUUCCACCCACCCCUUUAUCGGUCCCUUUAAUGUACUGAAGCGGCUGUGUAUGUGUGAGACAGUGAAGAUAGCUGGUGUGGUGGGAGUCUGUCAUAAGCUCAAACAAGGACCUACAUGUCUCCAUGCCUACCAGUGGAUUUUAUUUUGUAAAUUACUUUCCAUAACAGUGACAUAAUUUAUAUUUCAGACUAUUGUGACUGAUCUCUUGUGGUUCUUCAAAGCCAGUAGGUCUCUGAGAUCUGAACUUUGUACAGUGUAUUGUUUUAGUUUUUACAGUAUUAUAUACCCUGCUUUUAUCUUACAAGGUUUUUGUAAUAUAUGUUACUGAGUCCUGUGAGUGGAAAAUGGAAUAAAAACAUAUUCCCUGAGCUCCA